UCUUCGUCACUCACUUUCACUUUAAGCGCAGUAGAACUGGAAGGGCAAGAUGCGCGCGAACGAGGACAAGAUCGCGCAGCUGCUGGACAAGACCACGGACUUUGACAAGGAUGAACGCUACAUGGCUACAUCGGAUCUAUGUGUCGAGCUCAACAAGGACGUCGACCUGGGGCCGUAUCUCGAGCCAAAGUACGCACAACGCAUUAACUAGGUGUCGUAGCUGAGGAGUUAGGAUUCACUCGUUGUGUAUGCUGCGUUGCAGAGUGUGUGCGGCGGUUCUGAAGCAGCUGGACGACAAGUCGAACGACGUGCAGUCCAUUGCCGUCAAGUGUCUGGGCAUUUUGGUUACUAAAGUACAGGUGUCCCAGGUAGCCGAUAUAUGCGCCAAGCUCUGUGAUCUCAUCCUCAACGGCAAGUCGGAGCUCCGUGACAUCUACUCGAUCGGGCUCAAGACCAUUGUAGCUGACGUCUCCCAGACUACGGGGGCGUCCAUUGCCACUGGCAUCUGCACACGUCUUCUAACGGGUUUGAACAAGGACAAGGACGCCGCUGUGAAGGCUGAGACGCUCGAUAUCCUCACAGAUCUACUGCGUCGCUUUGGCUACGACGUCGCCACGGAACACGCGACGAUCAUGGAGUUGCUGAUGGCUCAGCUGACGGAUGAGUCGCCGCUGGUGCGCAAACGUGCCACUGCUUGUGUUGGUUCACUGGGUGUCAUGGCGUCUGAUGUUCUCGUGAGCCGCUUGGUGGAGCACUUGAUCAAGGGGAUUCAAGGAUCCACCGACUCAUCGAACGUGCGCACACUGAUUCAGACUAUUGGAAUGCUCUCUCGAACGGCAGGCCACCGCCUUGGACAGCACUUGGACGCGGUAAUUCGCAUCCUGGUGCAAUUCUGCGGAGAUCCCGAGGAUGAGUCGCUACAGAACGAAGACUCGGACGAACUGCGCGGAAACUGUUUUCAGGCGUUUGAGGCGUUCGUGAUUCGAUGCCACAACGAGAUCACGCCUCAUGUGGAGGUUAUCCUAAAGCUUGUGAUGCAGUUUAUCCCCUACGACCCCAAUUACAACUACGUGAACUCAGCCGAUGAAGAUGAAGACAUGGAGGAGGAAGAAGAGGAAUACAGUGAUGAUGAGGGUGACUACAGUGACGAUGACGACACUAGCUGGAAGGUUCGUCGCGCUACUCUUCGUGUUCUAACGGCAAUUAUCACGACGAGACCAGAACUUUUGGAGCACCUCUACAUUCACUGCGCGCAACCAUUGAUUUCGCGCUUCAAAGAGCGAGAAGAAAACGUUCGUAUCGACGUGUUUGCGGUGUUUGCAGAACUUCUUCGUACCACCCGCAAAACUCUCCCGAGUUCAAAUGGAUCUGGUUCCUUCCACCCAGCCACAGCGAACGCCUGUGUUACGCAGUUGGAGCAGCGCUUGAAUGCUAUAGUUGUAGGAGCCAAUAAGCAGUUUGGCAUGAAGGCUUCGGUUCCAUCGCGGUGUGCCGUGGUUGCAAUGCUGAGUGAACUUGCGAUGGUAGAGCAUGGGAAGCUGGGAGACUACAUCGGUCGUUUGAUGCCGAACAUUCUCAAUGCAGUGGAAGACAAGCACUCUGAUUUGAAGCUGGAUGCGCUUCUGUUUCUUCGGCUGCUCGUGGAUACGCACACGGUGGAGCCGUUCCGACCGCAUCUUGAAUCUGUCGUGCAGGUUGCCGUACAGUGUGCGAAGGGGGACUGGUAUAAAACCGUGGCAAAGGCACUUGGACUGAUUGAGUCUUUAGUCCGCAUCAUCCGCUGUGAUGAUGGAGAUGCGACGUACAAGCCGUACGCGGUUCCUUUCUUCGAGGCGGUGCUACCUAGCUUGAAGGUUCAUGACAUCGAUCAAGAAAUUAAGGAGGCUGCAAUCAGCAGUAUCGGAGAAAUUGUUGCUGUACUCGGUGAUGAGCUUGGUGGACGUGUCGGAGAAGUUUAUCCACUGCUCAUGGAGCGUCUCAACAACGAAAUCACUCGUGUCCAAAGUAUUAAGGCCAUUGGAGUUAUUGCUCGCUCGAAGCUCAACUUGGAUAUGUCGCCCAUUCUCGUGGAGUGCACUCAAGCUCUGUCUCAACUGCUUCGUCAGCAGUCGCGCACAUUGAAGCAAGCAACAUUGGCCACUCUCAAUGAUCUGGUCGUUAGCAAGGGUGCUAACAUGCCGGAGAGUCUACACUGCGAAGUGGUACUGGAAGCCUCGAUACUUCUUGUUGACGUGGACCUACAGCUGUGUCGCAUGAGCAUUACACUGGUGUCAAACUCGCUUCGAGUAUGCCCGCGCGUUGCCUCAACGGAUGCGCUUCUACAGAAUGCUCAAGUGAAGGCACUGGAAUUGUGCCAUAGUUCCAUGCUUCAGGGCCCCACUCUAGACGCGCUGAAGGGCCUUUUCGCACAGCUGACGCAGUUGAACUCCCCUGGCAGCAGCUUCCCAGAGCUGUUCAAGGCAUUGAUGGCUACACCUACUGAAGAAUCGAAACACUCUGUGUUGAACAUUGCACGAUGUGUUGCCGGUACAUGCGUGGCAACGACGGAAGCGAAUCGUAAGCUGGCUUUCGCAAAGUUCGUCGGUGAUAUUACUCAAACUGAGUCCGAAAAGAAUAAAGUCCUGGCGCUCUACUGUUUGGGCGAAUUCGGUCGCAAGAUCAAGCUGGCUGGAUACACUGACGUGAAGGAGCUUAUUCUCAAGUGCUUUAACAAUGCGGGCGAAGAAGUGAAGGCGGCAGCUGCGUACUCCCUUGGUAGUAUUUGCGUCGGAAACAUGGAAGAGUAUCUGGACACCAUCAUGGUCAAGUUGGAGCUUGGAGAGAACUCGUAUCUGCUUCUGACAUCGCUGCGCGAAGUCAUCUCGGACCAUGCCGCCCAACCGCAUCACGGGUUCGCUAUGUAUGUGGACCGUGUCCUUCCUGUUCUCCAGAAGAUGAGUGCGCGUCAGGAAGAGGGUGUGCGGAAUAUGGUAGGCGAAUGCAUGGGCAAGCUCGCUGUGACGAACAGCGCGAAGAUCAUGCCGAUUGUGACGGAUCUGUGUGGAUCUUCAGACGUCUGGUCGCGUUGGACUGCAGUAACAAGUCUCAAAUACGCGAUGACAACGACAGCUCAGGAGCCAGCAGUCAACGCGAUCUUCGCUCACAUCGAUCCCUUCUUGGCUGCUCUUGAAGACGAAGAAGAUCUACACGUGCGUCGUGCUGCCUUACUGGUGCUCAACACGGCUGCUCACCACCACGCACACUAUCUCGUGCCAUACGUUCGAGAACGCAUCUUCCCCGUCCUGUUGAAGACGACUGAAAUCAAGUUGGAGCGUGUGGUGGAUCUCGGUCCGUUCAAGCACAAGGUGGAUGAUGGUCUCCCUCUUCGUAAGGCUGCGUACUCGUGUGUGGAAACUUUGAUCCAGGUGCUGCCGCAGCAACUCGAUAUCAGUUUGUUCUUUGAUCAGCUGAAACGAGGUCUGGGAGAUCAGGACGAUAUCCAGAUGCUCAGCCAUCAGAUCUUGAUCAAGAUCUGCUACGUGCAGCCUGGCAGUAUUGUCGGCGCGCUAGAUUCGUUGGUGGAGCCGCUAGAGAAGACGAUCAACAAGAAGGUGAAAGAAGACCAGGUUGGCCCCGAGGUCGAGCGCGUCAAAGACCUCAUCCGCAGCGCGUUGCGUGCUCUCGAUGCUAUCAGCGCUGUGCGAGACACAGACUCGCACCCAAGACUGAAUGCAGUGAUGGAGAACGCGAAGAAGAAUAAAAUGCUGGGUCCGCUUCUGGAAAAUAUUCGAAGUGAGCGCACGAGUAACUGAGGUCUACGACUGACGUCGUGACAACGGUCAGAGCGAAGGUGGAAUGGUGGGUGGAUUGACUACAGUGAUAAGUUCUGGUAUCAUUGGAUUUCAAUGAGAAACUACAGUUCGUCGUGCUUCUCUGUCGUAUCCACAGAUUUUUGGCGCUUCCUCGAGACUUUUGAGUCUUUAGUGCCUCGUCCCCUCGUCUUUUUUCGUUGAAGCUUUUUGGUAUCCUUCUUGUGGUGAUUUCCUUUGUGGUUGUCCUUCGAGUACGCUUUGCCAUUCCACUCGUACUCCUUCACUUCGUUCUGCUCGUCGAGGAACCUCAUGACAUCGCUUAGAAAAAUCCCCUUUUGCAGUCCGACGAGCAACUUGGAAUUGGCCACUUCGUAGAUGUUGACCUCGAUACCUCCAUUCCACAUCAUCUACAGCAAGAAAACAAUUGUAAGAUAGCUGGAUGAUGAUAGAGUUGCAAAAUUGUUCACCUCUUUCCAGCGUGACGCAAUUUCAGAAAGGAGUUCAUGUUCGUCUGUCAGUGUGGCGAAUAUCAUUUGGGGUCCAAGUGCCUUCGCCUCCUCCUCAUUCCUGAAUAAUGGUACGAAAGUGAGUACC